UCCUCUAGUGCGUGGCCCAUGCGUUGCUUGGCGCUGUUUUAUUGGCUGCAUUGACUAGCGCGGCUGUACGCCCGAUUGAUUGGCUAUCGCCGUGCCGUGCCCACCCGUGGCUGUGGCUGUGGCCGUGCAUACCCUGUGGCGAUGCAACCCCUCCGAAUCGUCGCAUUCGAAAUCGUCGCAGUCGCCAGCCAAUACAACAGUCAAUUGACUCAAUCAAUCAAUCUAAUCCAAUCAAAUCAAUUACGUCAUUCGAAAUAACCCUACAAUUCAAUUAAAAUUCAAUUGAAUUGACCUUAGAAAUUUGAUGGGGUUACCCUAACCUAAAAAGGCUUAGCAUUCAGGUGAUCUUUCGGGUUGAUGUUAGGUUAUGUGUAGACUCGUCCAGUUCUACCUCUCUCUGCCUCUCGAAAAACGACAUCAUCCCACGCCAAGACAAUAGUUGCACUCUUAGGUCCAAACCCGAACCAAGAUUCUAACCCAGUAGCUCAUAACGCGAGUCGAUGAUAAAUUCCCCACCUCAUCAUCGCCUCAUCAGUAGCUCUCUAAUUCUCUUUCCUAUGUGCCAAAAUUCGUAAAUCGUAAGUUAACAUAAUGAGCACUUCAGAAUCAGCCAAUCCUCCCCCUCCGUCUUCGCCCCCGCCUGAAGACACAGCUAGGGAUACAGCUGGGGAUGAGAACCCCGCUGCCGACCCGCCAACCCAAUUGGAAGCCGACGUAGUCGAUGAUAAUGAUUCAGCCCUUGGUUUUAGCGAUGAGGAACUCUCAACUGCCUCCCUCCGUUCAAGCAUUCGGGAAUAUAACAUGCUUCAUGGCCGAGGAUAUCAUCGUGAUCAGACCUACUUCUUACCCAGUGACGAGGAUGAAUCCGACCGGCUAGACCUUCAAAACCACCAACUGCUCCUCACAUUUGGGGGUAAAAUUCAUUUCGCUCUUGGCGCUGACACAGCUAAGCGGGUGCUUGAUGUUGGUACUGGCACUGGAUUAUGGGCGCUGGAUUUCGCCGACGAACAUCCUGAAGCGGAGGUUCUCGGAGUUGAUAUCGCCGCCAUCCAACCUUCCUUCGUUCCUCCUAAUUGCAGCUUCGAAAUAGACGAUCUUGAAAAAGACUGGACGUUUAGUCGGAAGUUUGAUUAUAUUUUCACUCGUCUGAUGGCCGGAAGCUUUGCAGAUUGGGAUAGAUUCGUCGGACAAUGCUAUGAUUUCCUCGAACCUGGUGGCUGGCUGGAAGUGAUUGACCCCACCCUCCCAGCUUGUUGCGAUGAUGGUACAUUGAAACCCGAGGCCGCCAUCAACAGAUGGGAUGAAUAUCUCGUCAAAGCGUCUAAAAAGCUUGGACGCCCAUUUGAUGCUGGUUCCGGUCACUUUGACCGAGUCAAGGCCCAUGGUUUCGUUAAUGUUGAGCGGAAAAUCUACAAAUGGCCUAUCAACCCGUGGCCGAAGGAUCCUAAAUUCAAAGAGAUCGGGCUAUGGACACGCGCCAAUAUUGAAGGUAAUUUGGAAGGGAUCAGCACAGCAUUGCUGGCGCGUGGCUUAGAGCUCAGCAGAGAGGAGAUCCUAGCAUUCCUAGCUGAAGUGAGAGCUGAAUUGCGAAACCCAAGAAUUCACGCGUACUGGGAAGUGUAAGUUAUGAUCCUUCGUAACAAUAUUGGUUCUUGUUAAUGGGACUGACUCCCUCUAGGCAUGUCGUAUAUGGGCAGAAGCCCGAGGCUUCUGGGUCCUAGAGUCCUAGAAGAAGGUUUGGUGAUCGCUUGAUGCAACGAAGGUCCUAUUCCGCUAUACAAAAAAAAACAGCGCAACAUGAA